UCCUCCCCCCGCACAGCUUCCAACUCAGCAGAGAGUCAGAGCACAGUAUUAGUUCAAUGCCUGCUGAAAUUGGUAUGCGGAAUUUUAGAGGGUUGAAGAUCCUGCAGCUGAAGCUAAGGUUAGCAUGGGGGUCUAACUUGGGAAAUACCGUAUCCGGAUAAAUGUUCCCUUUGAAUGAAAAGAUUUGCUGCAGAACUGGGAAGCUCCACUCGAUUCAGAUAUUCAGGAGAGCGGGAGGGAAGAUAAAACUGAACCCUGACCUUUCACUUCUCUCCCCCAUCUGUAGAGAGUUUCUGUCGUUGAGGAGCUAGGACUCGGCUGUACUUGGCUGUGCAGGACACACCAGUGAAGGUCGACACACCUGCAGCAGAAACAACAACUACUGUCAUCAAGGCCCCCUAUUGUCAAACGUCUGGGAGUGUGAAAGGCAGAGGAGGAGUGUUGAAGACUGGACACAACCUGCCUGAUAUUACAAUAGGGACAUUAGAGUCUCCGGACUCCAUCAGACAAAACAAACCAUUUGAAAACUGUCCCACUACCCCUUUUUACACACCCACUGGUUUUCACUCUCCAUUUUUUUUUCUGCCACUCUGCAAAGAUGGCCCUGUGUGUUUUGUCACGGGGGCGGACUGUAGAGUGUUGAUCCCGGGGGAGAGGUGACUCACAGCCAGGACCAUGUCUUGGAAGAGGAACUACUUUGCGUCCGGAAGCGGCGGGCUGCAGGGGAUAUUUACCCCACGCACUAUGACGUCCAUCGCCCCCAGUAAAGGACUCAGCAACGAGCCGGGCCAGAACAGCUGCUUCCUCAACAGUGCACUGCAGGUCCUGUGGCACCUGGACAUCUUUCGGCGGAGCUUCCGGCAGCUGACCACACACAAGUGCAUGGAGGACUCGUGUAUAUUCUGUGCCCUGAAGAGUAUCUUUGCUCAGUUCCAGUUCAGCAGUGAGAAGGUGCUGCCGUCUGAUGCGCUCCGCAGCGCCCUGGCCAAGACCUUCCAGGACGAACAGCGCUUCCAGCUGGGCAUCAUGGACGACGCUGCAGAGUGCUUCGAGAACAUCCUAAUGCGGAUUCAUUUCCACAUCUCAGACGAGACCAAAGAAGACAUCUGCACAGCCAAGCACUGCAUCCCACACCAGAAGUUUGCCAUGACGCUUUUCGAACAGUGUGUGUGCAGCAGCUGUGGGGCCUCCUCUGACCCACUGCCAUUCAUUCAAAUGGUGCACUACAUCUCCACCACAUCCCUCUGUAACCAGGCGGUGAGGAUGCUGGAGUGUAGAGACAAGCCCACACCAGACAUGUUUGGAGAGCUGCUCCGCAACGCCAGCACUAUGGAAGACCUACGCAACUGUCCGAGUAACUGUGGGGAGAAGCUGCGUAUUCGUCGGGUACUUAUGAACUCGCCAGAGAUCAUCACCAUAGGUCUGGUGUGGGACUCUGACCACUCAGACCUGGCAGAGGACGUCAUCCACAGCCUGGGCACUUGCCUGCGCCUGGGGGAUCUCUUCUACAGAGUAACAGACGAUAAGGCCAAGCAGGCAGAGCUCUACCUGGUGGGCAUGGUGUGUUACUACGGCAAGCACUACUCCACCUUCUUCUUCCAGACCAAGAUACGCAAGUGGAUGUACUUUGACGACGCACAUGUCAAAGAGAUCGGGCCCAAGUGGAAGGACGUUGUGUCUCGGUGCAUCAAGGGCCACUACCAGCCCCUGCUACUGCUCUACGCUGACCCCCGGGGGACGCCCGUGUCAGUGCAGGACCUGCCCUCCCGCUUGGACCUGCACCACUUCAACAGGUCAUACUACGACAGUGAGGACUCGGGCCGCGAGCCGUCCAUCUCCAGUGACACACGCACCGACUCGUCGACAGACAGUUACUCCUACAAGCACUCCCACUCCCACCAUGAGUCCAUGGCCAGCUACUUCUCCUCCGAUUCCCAGGGAACCGUCAUCUGUAACCCAGACAACGACUCAGCCUCCCGCAGCAGCCUGGAGACCACAGGCCAAGUGACAGACAGUGGGCCAGUGCAGUGCCACUCUCUGAGGAAAGGCGGAACAGUGGACAGGAAGGGCGGGGCCAGUGACAGGAAGCGGAGCUCUAGUCGUCCGAGGCGACUUGAGGAGAGGAGCCGGGGCUCUAAGACUGACGAAGCCUCGUCGGCAGGUUACCACAGCGAGGGGGAGACUCUGAAGGAGCAACAAGCACCUCGCACCGCACCCAAGUCCUCCUCUUCCAGUCGACUGAGGGAUUUCAAGGAGACCAUGAGCAACAUCAUCCACAGUCGCCCCCUCUCCGCCUCCUCCUCGGGCUCCGGGGCCCUUGGGGGUCUAGGGGCCGAGUCAGGGGCCACCACCAAGGCCAGAGACUGGGAGGCCGACAGCACCAGCAGUGAGUCCAAGUCCAGCUCCUCCGGGGGACGAUACAGACCGGCCUGGAGGCCCCGGAGAGAGGCCCUCAAUAUAGACAGUAUCUUCAGUAGGGAGAGACGUAGACAGGCUGGGUAUAGUCCCCUAGGGGCCACUCUGCCUGAAGACAGUGGGGCCCCAGCCGAGGGCCCCACAGGGUCAGUCACUGGACAAGGACAGGGGCCCUUUGGUAAUAUGGCCUCUUCCUGGACCCUGCCAACCACCAGGGGCCAUAACAUGGAGCAGCAGCCCCCCAGGCUCAUCCAGAGGAUGGAGAGUGGCUAUGAGAGCAGCGAGAGGAACAGUAACAGUCCUGUUAGCCUGGACAUGCCUCUCAGCGAGGGACCCAAUGCUGCUAAUACACAUAGGGACACCGGUCUGAAGAAGCCUUCCAGCUCCAGCUCAGGUCCAUCAUGGCGCACCGUGCCCAAGUCUAAGAGCAGCAGUGCUCUCCUGCAGGACGUCAAGGCUUCAUGCAGGGGCAACAGCCACACAAGCCUGGCGGGAGAAGGCCGCAGCGAACUGGACGAGCUGCAGGAGGAGGUGGCCAGGCGAGCGAGGGAGCAGGAGUUACAGAGGAGGAAGGAGAAGGAAAAGGAGGCCGCCUUGGGGUUCAACCCCAGACCCAGCAAGUUCAUGGACCUGGACGAGCUACAGAACCAGGGCAAAGGGGACGGCUAUGAACGGUGCGUGUCGGACGCUGAGCUACUGCUAGACCAGUCUCUGCGACUGGAGCAGGCUGGCGAGGUGGCCUCCGCUCUGUCUGUGGUUAAUGAAGCUGUAUCUAAACUCAGGCUUCCCAUGCAUGAGGGUGGCGCUAACACCCAUAGCAGGACAGUGGCUGAGGCCCGGCUGCAAAAGUGCAUGAGGAGAGCGCGGGGCCUGCAGCAGCGCAUGCAACAGCAGCAGCAGGAAGAGAGACCCCAGCAACAGGAUCAGGAGCAGACAGAGAAGCAGGAUCAGCCCUGUCCCUCUCCCCAGGGGCCCCCCAGUGAACAGCCUGUCCCAAUCCAAAUACUGUUGACAGACGCCCAGGAGGACCAACCACAAGCAGUCCCGGAAGCCAUCAGAAACACGCCUUCUCCUCUCUACGUUAAGCCCCUCCCCUCCAGCACAAACUCACUCCCUGAGCCCCUGAGCCACCCCCCUGUCGCUAUGCCCCCGAGCCCUCACACAGGGUCACCCAUGGGGGGGUUCAUAGCGGAGGCGUGGGGGCGCCGGGAAGGACUGGAGAUGUCAGGCGUGCUAGAUAACUCCUGUACUCAUGUGAGACCCCUCCACAAGCACGCUGCCGUGUCCCUGCCUGCCCUAUGUGUGAAUGGCCGGGACGAGAGCUUUACUGAGGGAGGCCAUGACCAGACCCCAGCCCUGCCCAACCACCAGCCAGCUGCACCCUCACACUGGAACAGUAACCCCCCAGCCCUGACUCUGCCCACCCCACGCCCGCACUCCAGGACACCCUCUCCAGUCAGCCACACCUCAGAGGAAAGGGGCGACGCCAACAUGGAGGAUGCCUAUUCCAGACGGCCAGCCCUGGGCCCCUCUCAGCCUCCUCCAGCCCAUCAGAACCACAGCUCCCCUGUCCCCAUCUCCUCCAACACCUCCAGGCUCGGCCCUCCUCCUCCCCCUCCCACCCGUAACUGGUCCGGCUGGAGCCUGGACCAGCCGGCCGCCUUCGACUCCCCCUUCUACUCCCCUCCUACAGACUCCCACUGCCCUCCAUCCACCCCCAUCAGACCAGGGCGGACCACUUCCCCAGUGUCUGGCAACUACAUGCCAGGUGCCGCCAUGCCAGUGGAGCGCUGGGCAGAGAAUGUGACCCGCUACUACAACUCCCAGGCUGCCCCUGUGGUUGGGUCGCCCUGUGAGGAGCUGUCGGAGCUAGACUCUCUGUACCAGGCGAGCCUUCAGGCCACCAGCCUGCACCGGGCCCCACGUGGAGUCAGCCCCCAGCCCACUGCCAACAAGCAACCGGCUAGGAAGCUGUUGUCUGGGCUGGCUGCACCUGGCCGCUCCAAGACUCCCACAGCCGAGUUAGAGAGAUAUGCUUACAGAACGCCAGGCUACACCAGCAGCCCCACACAACACAACAAGCCUGGGUCAUGUGAGCGACCACUGGGAGAUGACAAGAACUACAGUGCUGAGAACCUCCGCCGCAUUGCCCGCAGUCUGAGUGGCACCGUCAUAGGGGGCCGACCCCGUAACUCCUCGCCCCCUCCCGCAGCUUUGAGCCCCCAGUUACCAGGAUGCCAAAGCAUGCGGAAUCCCGAGUCCCCGCACGUCAUCCUAGCACGUCCCUCCCUGCACCCCCUCCCUCCUCCACCCACCUCGCUCCACCCGAACCCCAACACCAAUACGUCCACAACAACCACCACUACAGCCCCCCAGCACUGCCCCAGCACCCCCCUCAGCAGGCAGCACGGCCCCCCUCCGCGGGGCCCUAUCUGGGACGCUCAGGAGAUCACCAGAAGGGAGACCAGUUUCUGGCUGUGUUUGACCGGGGUGAAGCUUUCUCCCGUGAAAACUACCACAGUGUUGCACUGAGCUACGGCACGCUGCCGCGGGCACCUCCCAGGGCACCUCCAUCCUGGUCCUCCUCUCUCCCCCGGCCCAGGGAAGGACCCAACCCGGGCCCUGGGUA